AUGUUAUUCCGGGACCGGACAGCUCUGCCACGACAGGCCACGAGAUCCCGGGCCCUGGAGAAUCCAGACACGCCUGACCAGGCCCCAGAGAAUCUGGCUAGCCCGGGCCUUGGAGAUCUCGGCCACGGCGGACCAGGCCAGCCCGGGCCCCGGAGACCCGGACAUACCUGGACAGGCCAGUCCGGGAGCCGGAGAGGCCGGCCACGCCUGACCAGGCCAGCACGGGCCCCGGAGAGUCCGCCCGAUCCGGGCCAGGCCAGCCCGGGCCCCGGCGAGCCCGGCCACGCCGUAUCACGCCAGCCCGGGACACGGAGAGGCCGGCUAUCUCGGGGCACUCCAGUGUGGGCCCCAGAGUUACCGGUAGCGCCUGGCCGGGUCAGGCCGGUCCCCGGAGAGCCCGGCGAUGCGUGCCCAUCCACGUUCUGCCACCCCAGCGCGGGCCACGGCGAGGCCUGCAACGCUGAAUCACGCCGGCCCGGAGCCCGGAGAGGCCGGCCACGCCUGGCCACGCCAGCCCGGGCCCCGGAAAGCACGGCCACGCCGAGACUGGGCAGCCCGGGGCGCGGAUUGCCCGGCCACGCCGUGCCACGCCAACCUGGGCCCAGGAGAGCACGGCCACGCCGCCCAGUCCGUGCCCCGGAGUGCCCGACCACGCCUGGCCUGGUCAGCCCAAGCCUCGGAGAGUCAGGCCACCGCCGGACCUGGCCAGCCUGGGCCUCGGAGAGCCAGGAAACGCCGGGCUACGACAGCCCGGGACCAGGAGAACCGGACACGCCUGGCCAAUCCAGCCCUGGACCCGGAGAGCCCGGCAACGCCGGGCCACGCCAGUCCGGGCCCCCAAGAGCCGGGACACGCCUGAACAGUCCAGCCCGGGCCAAGGGAGCCUUGCCACGCCUGGUCACGUCAGCCCGGUCACCGGAGAGCCCGGCCACGCCAGACCGGGCCGCGGAGAGUCCGGCCACACUGUGCCAUGCUAACCCGGGCCCGGUGUGCACGGGGCCACGGGCCAGGCCAACCCGGGCCCCGGAGAGCACGGCCACGACGUGCCGGGUCAACCCAGGCCCCGGAGAGCACAGCCACGUCACGCAACGACAGACCGGACACUGGAGAGCACGGACACGCCGGUCCAGGCCAUCCCGUUGCCCGGAGACGUCCGUCACGAUAGACCGGGCCCCGGAGAGACCGGCCAUGCCUUUCCAGGCCAGCCCGGGCCUCGGAGAGAACGGCCACGCCGGAACAGGUCAACCCGGGCCCCGCAGAGCCCGGCCACGCCGGGCCACGCCAGCCGAGGCAUCGGGGAUCCCUGCCACGCCGGAAAAGGCAAGCCCGGGCAGCGCAGAGCCCGACCACGCCGGGCCACGCCAGCCGGGGCAUCGGGGAUCCCUGUCACGCCGGAAAAGGCAAGCCCGGGCCGCGGAGAGCCCGGGCACGCCGGGUCACGCCAGCACGGGUCCCGGAGAGCAUGGCCACGCCGGGCCACACCAGCCCGGUCCCCGGAGAGCACGGCCAUGA